CUUGGAGGUACCACAAACACUCUUCUCUGGACUUUCUGACCACAUCAGCUAAACUGUAAGCUAAAACAUCACUAUGCAGUCUCCUGGAAAAUCUCUGAAAGAAGCUCUGCUCUGUGCUCAGGGCGAGGAUCGACUCACUGUUGGAGUCUAUGAGAGCGCUAAAAUUAUGACUGAUGACCCGGACAGUGUGUCUUUCUGCGUCCUGGCCAUGGAUGAAGAGUUUGAGUGUGACAUCGCUCUGCAGAUCCACUUCACCCUCAUCCAGUCCUUCUGCUUCGACAACGACAUCAGCAUCGUCAGAGUGAGCGACAUGCAGCGUCUGGCUGAGAUUGUUGGUGACAAGGCAGAGCAACAUGAAGAUGCCCACUGCGUCCUCAUCACGAACCCAGCUGACGGGUCUUGGGAGGACCCUGCUCUGGAGAAGCUGCACAUGUUCUGUGAGGAGAGCCGCCGUGUGAACGACUGGGUUCCUGAGAUCAACCUCCCGAGCGUUGAUCUGGGACUGGGCUCCUACUCUUGAUCAGAUGCUGUAAAGCUUCUUACCUGGAAAUACUCAUCCUGAUGAACAGGAUGACCCUGUUUCUGCUCAUCCCUGGAUACUCCUGAGGAGGAUUCCCGUCCAGGCAGCGCGGCGCCGGCCCGAGGGGGCCCCCCCGUGAACCGUCGCCUCUUGUCCCGUCCAUGCCAAGAUGACUCUCAUUCUUUAUGUGAAUGAGGUCAGGUAUGCCACAAGAGCGACCCAUCGACCCUCAUUCUUUGUGCGGAUGAGGUUUGGAGAGGAAGGAGAAGCGAGUUCUGCAUCCUGUGGUUCCACAGAGCAGAUAUCGCAUCGUGAAGCACGCGCAGCAGGAGAAGAAGCGGUGCUAAGAAGGAGGCACUCUUAAAAAGGGACUUUUUAAAGAUGUCCUCUUUGCUGAGCAACAUGACAACAGUUGCAAUCAGCUGAAAUGUUUCCCACUUUCCAGAAUUGUCUUAAUUCUCUAAAGGUUUCACUUUAGAAAUUUAACAAUGACAAAAAAUAUUCUCUAAAAAAGUAUUAGAAAAUAAUAAUAUCUAAAGGUUUCACUUCAGAUAUUUAACAUUAAAAAAACAAACAAAAAGUAUUAUUAUGAAAAAAUGAGAAUGUGUGAAUCUGACCUUGAAUCUUGAAAUAUGAAAAAUAUAUUUAAAAAAAAGACUACAGCUGGAAAUGUAGUACUUCCUGAAGCUUUCACUUCAGCUUUAUGUCAAAUGAAAUAACUUGUUCACUGCAUAUCUGAUUUUUCUAAGCAUAGAAAUAAAAUAUUUGAAUUCAA